AUGACGCAGACGGAUUCGUCGACGCUGACGUUGAAGACCAAGUCCAGCUCUUCGGUGGCAACGUUCAUCCACCUGAGUACUACCGGGAAGCCGUUGAGAAAUUCAACGAGACCGCCUACGAAGCUCAAGACUAUAGCGACGGUAGUCUACUGCUCCUCGAUGCCUGCGACGCACAAUGGCGCCAGUACUAAGGUCGGUAAGGAUGGCAGGAAAAGGCGAGGAACGAGGAAGAGCAGCUCUUUGAGCACAUACUGGAAAGUCUUCCGACUCGUCUUCGAGAGAGCCACUGGAGACAAACUCGAGCCGAAACUAAAUCGGCGUAUGCACAAGGUUCUCCGAGACCUCUCCAAAAAACAUGACUUGAGCGACCAGAGGCGAGCGAAUCGAUGCAUGACGAUCGAAGAUCUCAAGGAGCAAAUCGAAACGACAAUUAGCACGACAAAAAAUCCAUAUUUUGAUUCGCUUCACCUUGGCCUUCACGAAAACGUACCUCGGUAUCAAAGAUGCGAAAACAUUUCCUCUUCCAGAGACCUUGGCCGACCCUUCCUUGCUACUCAAUCCUCACAUCUUCCUGCUAGGCAUUCUUUCCGCCAUCGCGCGUUCCGAGCAACAAGUCUCAAUUCACCCGCACAGCUUGCCAAUCUUGAUAUCCACCCUGAGGAGCGGGAGCUACCUCUGCCGCUCAAGGACGAUCUAAAAGACACAUAUAUAUUCCGACGGGCUAUGAAAACCUUUACCGGCUAUGAGCUAUCCCAGGACAAGCCUCUUUCUUACCAGAUGAUUGCACAAUGGAUCAGAAGGGUUGGCGAAAUAUUGGGGUUGGAAUACCCCACCAUCCCCUACAACUUGCGUUAUAAUGCGGCCAAUGAGUUCGAUCGAAGUGCUUCAGCCGAUAUCAGCGAGUCGCUGCGAAAUCUUGCUCUAGAUCACGCCAAUUCGAAUCCCUUUCAGAAGCACUACCUGGGACGGGAGAGCAAGACCUUCGGCAUCAUCGCCCAGGUUCAAAGAAGCACAUGGAACUCCGCCGUCGACUGA